UAUCGAACAUGCCUUCCCUAGAACAUGGAAACAAACAAAAACUUCAACGGAUACAACGAAAUCGUUCUAAAGAACGCCAUUCUACUCGUGAUUUCUGUCCUCAAAGUGAAGACAACGCGACUUUGGAGUUGAAGGUAAAAGACCAGAGAAAAACAGAACCGACUGAAGAGGAACUAUUUCACAAUCAGAAAAUGACCGGAAAAGCUGCCCAGGCGGAAAACAGCAGGACAAGCGGCGUCAGCGGGAAGAAGAAAAGGAGCAGCUUCUUUAUCUGCAGGUUCUUCCAGAGCGAUCCGGAGGAGUUUAGGUUUCUCAAGUUCUUGUUUGGGCUGGUGUUUGGUGCCUUUCUUGGACUGGUGUUUUACGUCGGUAUGGUGGAGAGAAUGACGUUCCCUGCGGAGGAGAUGCGGUACCAGUUCGGCGGGGCCGUGGCUAUGCUGAUGUCUCUCGGGUACGCUCUGUCCGUGCAGGUGCGCUGUACUCUCAUCCUGGUCAUCCCGCUAUUCUUCGGGAAGCACGGCAGGAGGAUCAUCAACGCGUACGCCAUCACCUUCCUGAUGACAGGUCCGAUGGCCAACAUGAUGUCAAACGCCAAAGAAUCCUCCCGUUCCAUCAGCUGCUCGUCCGAUCUCGCCUACCAACAGUCGCUGACGGUCAUGAAGUUCAUGGCGGCCCCAAUGAUGGACGUCAUGAAAGACCUCCGGAGUCAAGCGCAGGAUCUGGACAGAUCUUCUUCGGAUGUGAAAAGAAAGUUUAUUCCAGUCGAGAAGGAGGUAGAACAGGCUGACGAAGGAAAGACGAUUAACCAGAAUCAAAACUCCGAACGGAAAUACAAGAAAAAAGUUGGUAAUCGAUGUGAAGAUUUGAAGAAGAAAGCAGUGGCGGAAUGUGAGAAGCAGAUGGGUAUAGCAUAUGAUGAAUGCCAAGUAAUCAACAGAGGAUUUGUGCAAACGUUAAGAAAGAUGUUUACGGGCGACCCAUGCCGUCAUAUCCCUAAGAAAGAGUGCAAAAGACUAGGAGACCCAUGUGGGUUAUCAAACUAUCGCCACGUCCCCAAGACAGAUUGUCCUGGGUAUGACAUAUCUGAUGCUCGUGAAGGUGUCACCCUCAAGGCCUGUGCGAGAGCGUGCUGUGAACAGAAAGAAAGAUGCCAGUCGUUUCAGUACAACAUUUGGAAAGCCUGCUUUUUGAAAACCAGGCGCUGCACAGAUCGGCGGAAAAAAAAUCAUGAUGGGGGGAACAUGUACGAUCGGUUACCAGGACGUAUACCAGAUCAUAUGUGCCAACCGGCGGACGACAAUGUAGACAGCGGAUUUGGGAAAAGUUAUGAAAGUUCUGACGCCUCCGUCAGAGAGCUUGACAAACACUUCGACGUCGAGAUGGAAUACCAGAUCAUAUCCCGACCGAAAAAUCUGAACCUGAAGACAGCUGAAGACGUCGGGCUGGCGAUAGACCAGGAGUUCCGCCAGAGGAUGGCCGUCUUCCGAUUCUUAUCCUCCGCCAUCAACAAGAUCUUCGCCUUUCUUUUCGUCUUAACGAUUCUUGCGGCGCACACGUACCAGCGGAAGUUCUGCACCAAGUUUGACUUUGACAACCUGUACAUCACCGGGUACUUCCGGUGGAUAGACGCGCGGAGGAGGCGGGCUGUGAGUACUGACGUCAUCACUAUACUAGUAGUUGUCUGUAAUUCCCUCCGAACGGAGGGUUUGUUUUCACUGCUGUUUAUAUGUCAGAGGGACAUUUGUCAGCAUGAUAACUAGAGAAGGCAUUGAUGGAUUGUCUUGAUACUUGGUAUGUGAUUAGGUUUCGACAUGACAAAGGAAUGGUAGGAAUUACGGUACGGCAGGGCGCUCUAGCGGCGUGUUAUCGUACUAUAGCAGAACUUCCGGUUUUUGAUAUUUUUUGUUUGGGACUUGCUUGGGUGAUGAUUUUUCAGUGGUAGGUAGCUGCGUAAAAGCGUAGUAUGGUGUGUAAGAUUUGGCCCCCUAAAGGUUUCCCAGAGGCAGUGAAAGUAAUUUUUGUGUUAGGUUUUGAUAAGGAAUGGAAUAAUGUAAGCAAGGGUUGAUGGAUCGUAAUGACAGUAGGUAUGCAGAUAGCUUACGUAG